UCAUGGAGUGAAAAUGAUAAAAUUGGUGUUAUCUUAAUAUAACCACUACGUUAGUACUAUAAAUGCCAUGGCCACUUUAAGCAUUUCAUCCUCAACAUUCAAACAGAGACAUAUUAGAAUCAACAAAAACAUUUAAGUGGUGAAAAUGGCUUUGACAAUCAAUUGGAAACUUGUUUUUCUAGCUUUACUAGUGUUAGUAAUGUGGGCUUCUCAAGCCACAUCUCGUGACUUAAGUGAAGCCUCGAAGGUCCAGAAACACGAGAAGUGGAUGGCUCGCUUUGGGCAUGUGUACAGAGAUGAUGCAGAGAAGGCAAAAAGGUUAAAAAUAUUCAAGGACAAUGUUGAUUACAUUGAGUCUACAAACAAGGCUGUAAUUAGGCCUUAUAAGUUGAGCAUCAAUGGAUUUGCGGAUUUGACAAAUGAGGAAUUUAGAGCCACUCACAACGGAUACAAAAUGUCUUCUCAUCGAGAACCAUCAAGAACAAUAUCAUUCAGGUAUGAUAAUAUAACUGCUCCAGCUACCAUGGAUUGGAGAAAGAAGGGUUCUGUUACGGGAGUUAAGGAUCAAGGGCAAUGUGGAUGUUGCUGGGCAUUUUCCGCUGUUGCUGCUACUGAAGGGAUCAACAAGAUCAAAACUGGUAAGUUGAUAUCUUUAUCUGAGCAAGAACUCGUGGACUGCAACACAAGUUCAGAUAUGGGAUGUGAGGGAGGUCUUAUGGAUGAUUCUAUUAAAUUCAUCAUGAAGAAUCACGGUCUCGCUACUGAAUCUAAUUAUCCAUACGAGGGAACGGAUGGGACUUGCAAAACCGUAAAGGAAUCCAGCCAUGCUGCUAAGAUUACUGGUUAUGAAGAUGUUCCAGCCACUAGUGAAUCUGCUCUGUUGAAUGUUGUUGCUAUGCAACUGGUAUCGGUCGCCAUUGAUGCUAGUGGCUCAGAUUUCCAGUUCUACUCUAGUGGUGUUUUUACUGGAGAAUGUGGGAUAGAGUUAGAUCACAGUGUAACAGCUGUUGGAUAUGGAAAAACUAGUGAUGGGACAAAGUAUUGGUUAGUCAAGAACUUGUGGGGGACUAGCUGGGGCGAGAACGGUUACAUUAGAAUGCAAAGAGGCAUUGAUGCUGAGGAAGGACUUUGUGGAAUUGCUAUGGAAGGUUCUUAUCCAACUGCUUAGUUAAAUAGCAGAGAAGCUUGAUGCCAAGUUGCUAUUGGUAAUGCUUCGUCUUUAAACACUAUUGUUAUUCACCUUGUUCAUAGAUUAUGUGGUGUGUCUACUGUAUAAAUGUUACAAACUCGUUGUAUAUAUAUAUAUGUACAUUCUAAGUGUUAAAACAAAAGUUUGUAUGUGAAAAUUUCAGCAUUCAGCAAGGAAGUUCUAUAUAAUCUUUUGU